UUUCUUCCUUUUUGUAAAUCUUCGUGCUAGCUAAACAGCAUGACCUGCGUGUCUCCCAAUGACAGACAGCUGAGCGUAAAAUGGUGAAAUUCAGCCUCACACUGCGGCCAUGCGUUAACGUGACAGUGAAUUAAAGGAGGUCGAGGAAGUCUGUGAAGAUGCCAGCCGGUGUGUCCUGGCCUCGGUACCUGAGGAUGUUGGGUGCCAGUGUGCUGGCCAUGUUUGCAGGAGCACAGACCGUCCACCAGUACUAUCUACCUGAUCUGAGCAUACCAGAGAUCCCACCAAAGCCCGGGGAGCUCCGGACAGAACUGCGGGGCUACAAAGCCAGAGAAGAAGCAGUCGCUGCAUUGCAGCAGCUUAAAGCAGAACAAAAGGUAGACUGAUGGACACAUGCUCUGUGUGAUGGAGGGAAAGCCAGAGACUGCUGCAUGCCUGGAAGUAAAGUCAUGCCGGGGACAUUUUUUCUUUGAAUGGAAGAAAGUGGAAUAAAAAGCUACACUGUUGGUGUCUGGCUGCUCAGGAGAAGGAUCUUCUCUGGAACAAGAUCAUCUGGAUUGUCCAGCUGUACAUCUUUACAACUUACUGAAUAUGUUUUAUAAAAAGUCAUGAAGUCAUUCUGUUCUGUUCAGAUUAAUAAUUAUAUUGGUUCAUUGAUUGUUGCGUAACUUCUACGCAACGUAGCUGCUAUGCAACAAUCAACAACUACGCCUUAGCAGACAAAAUUUAUUUGAAAUAAAAAUAUCAAUCUAA